UGUGGGUGGAGUGAGUACUUGACAACCGUCAGCAUUUAUAAAAAUGUUAUGUGGGUGAAGUAAUUUUCUAAAUUCCUGCUGACCAAACUCAGACUAAAACAGAUAGAUGUUAAUUCAACCUGUUGAUGAAAAGACAUUAAAGAGAGAUUAAAGCUGAUCAUGAAAUGCCUUCAUAUCUCACGUACCAGAGAGCACCUUGUCCACAGCCCAGCUGUGUGUCUAUGAAGAGUGAGAACUCAAUCUAUAAAGCCCCUAAAUUCAGUAAUGAAGCAGUGACCUCUGACAGCAGUGAUGAACACAAUAAUCUGGUGAAAUCUGUGAAUCAUCUGACCUGCACUUCAUACUUAGUGGAGACUGACAUCAGACACCAGAGAAUCAAAGACACUCACAAAACAUGCAUGAAGAACAAAUAUGAGAGCUUAUUUGAAGGAAUCAAAUUACAAAAGAAUCAAACUUUGCUGAACAGAAUCUACACACAGCUUUACAUCACAGAAAGAGAGAGUGAAGAAGUGCAUGGAGAACAUGAGGUUGUACAGAUGGAGAAAACACAGAGACCACAAUACUCACAAGACACUCCAAUCCACUGCAAUGACAUCUUUAAACCCUUACCUGAACAAGGAUGUGAGAACCAAAUCAAGACUGUUCUUACUAAAGGCAUUGCUGGAAUUGGCAAAACCGUCUCUGUGCAGAAGUUCAUUCUGGAUUGGGCAGAGGGCAAAGCCAAUCAGGAUGUAGAUUUCAUGUUUGUGCUUCCAUUUCGAGAGCUGAACUUGAUUAAAGAUCACCAAUACAGUCUUCACAGACUUCUGCUGGACUUUCAUCCUGAACUUAAAGAUCUGGACUCUAAGAUUUAUGAUGAAUGUAAAGUUGUCUUCAUCUUUGAUGGUCUGGAUGAAAACAAAAUGACACUGAUGUUUUCACACAGACAGAAAGUUUCUGAUGUUACUGAGAUUUCAUCAGUGGGUGUAUUGAUAACAAACCUCUUCAAAGGAGAACUUCUUCCUUUCUCUCACAUCUGGAUCACCUCCAGACCAGCAGCAGCCAAACUGAUCCCCUCCAUAUACAUCAACCGUGUGACAGAAAUUCAGGGAUUCAGUGACCCUCAGAAGGAGGAAUAUUUCAGGAAUAGAAUCAGUGACGAGCAUCAAGCCAGCAGAAUCAUCUCACAUAUCAGAAGGGCAAGAACCCUCCACAUCAUGUGCCACAUCCCCGUCUUCUGCUGGAUCUCAGCCACUGUGCUUCAAAACAUCCUAAAACACAAUGAUAGUGCAGAAAUUCCUAAAACUCUGACUGAAAUGUACAUACAUUUCUUGCUCAUUCAAAUAAAUACAAGGAAUCAGAAAUAUGAAGAGGACAAUCUAGAGAAGCUCCUUAAGUCAAACAGAGAAAUGAUUGUGAAACUUGCUGAACUGGCUUUCAAACAGCUGAUGAAGGGCAAUGUGAUGUUCUAUGAGGAGGACCUGAUUGAGAGCGGCAUAGACAUCACUGAGGCCACAGUGUAUUCUGGGAUUUGCAUAGAGAUCUUUAAGGAGGAAUCUGUGAUUCAUCAGAGAAAAGUUUAUAGCUUCAUACAUCUGAGCUUUCAGGAGUUUCUUGCUGCUUACUUUGUGUUUCAUUCAUAUAUCGCUAAGAACAUGCAAGCAUUGGACACUUUUGAAUGGUUCGGGUUUAGGAAGAUCUCACUUUCUGAGAUAUUACUCUCAGCAGUUGACCAAACCCUGUGGAGUGUAGAUGGACACCUGGAUCUGUUCCUGCGGUUCCUACUGGGCAUCUCGCUAGAGUCCAAUCAGAGAUUCCUACAGGAUUUUCUGACACAAACAGAGAACAGCUCAGAGAGCAUCAGGAACACCACUCGGUACAUUAAAAGCACAAUCAGAGCUAACAAUGAUUUCUCAGCUGAUGGAUCCAUCAAUCUGUUCCUCUGUCUGCUGGAAGUGAAUGAUCUGACUCUUUACAAAGAGAUUCAGGACUUUGUGAAAUCAGACAAACACUCAAAGAAUAAACUCUCUGCUGCUCACUGCUCAGCAAUAGCUUACAUGCUUCAGAUGUCAGAAGAGGUGCUGGAUGAGCUUGACCUCAACAAAUACAACACAACAAAGGAGGGUAGGAGAAGACUGAUACCAGCUGUAAGAAACUGCAGAAAAGCUAUACUUACAGGCUGCAGUCUCACUGAUCUAUGCUGUGAAAGUGUGGCUUCAGUUCUACAAUCAUCAAACUCCACUCUGCAGAGUCUAGAAAUAAGGUUGUUUUCUACUGGACUGAAGAAUCUACACUAUGGAGUGGAGAGACUAGGACAAUGCUUAUUUAAGUUGUAUGAUAAUUUUGAGUUUUUGUUUAGAUUGGACAGCCGUCAUCUCACUGAUAAAUUCUGCAAAGGCUUGGCCUCAGCUCUUCUAUCAUCAGACUCUUCACUUAAAGAGCUGGAUCUGAGUAAGAAUGAUCUGCGUGAUUCAGGAGUGAAACUGCUUUGUGCUGGACUGAAGAGGCCAAACUGCACACUGGAGAUAUUGAGAUUAUCUGGCUGUAUGGUGACAGAGGAAGGGUGUUGUUAUCUGGCUUCAGCUCUAAGGGCAAACCCCUCACACCUGAGAGAACUGGACCUGAGCUACAAUCAUCCAGGAGACUCAGGAGUGAAGCUGCUCUCUGACCUACUGGAGGAUCCACACUGUAAAUUGGAGAAACUCAAUGUGGAUCAUGCUGGAGAGGUCAUGAUUACAGCAGGACUAUGCAAAUAUGCCUGUGAUCUCACACUGGAUCCAAACACAGUAAACAUUCAUCUCUGCCUGUCUGAGCAGAACAGAAAGGUGACACGUUUGGAGGAGUUGCAGUCAUAUCCUGAUCAUCCAGAGAGAUUUGAUUACUUUCCUCAGGUUUUGUGUAGAGAGAGUCUGUCGGGACGCUGCUACUGGGAGGUCGAAUGGAGCGGCUGGAGGGGGGCUGUCAUAUCAGUGGCACAUAGAGAAAUGAGCAGGAAAGGAGGAAGUGAUGAUUGUAGGUUUGGAUUCAAUGAAAAGUCCUGGAGCCUUGAUUGCUCUGAUGACAUUUUCACUGUCUGGCACAAUAAAAAAAGCACUGACAUAGCCCCCAUCCCAUUCUCCUCUAAGAGAGUAGGAGUGUUUCUGGACUGGAAGGAAGGCACUCUGUCCUUCUACAGUGUCUAUGACACACACACACUCACACACUUACACACAUUUUACUCCACAUUCACUAAACCCCUCUGUGCUGGAUUUAGGGUUCUUAUUGGGUCUUCAGUGUCUCUUCGUCAGAUUGAAAAGAUUCGAAACAAUGGGGUGAAAGGUAUUAGUGGGGUUGAACAGUCUGGAACAUUCACAAAUGUGACCUCGUCUGUGAAAACCCGGCUAAAGUUGCCUAAUCUAAUUAUGAGAUAAAGAGCAUCAAAGUAGUCAUAGUCAAAGAUUCAGUACUCUAAUUUUAAUUAAUAACAUUAUAAAUAUUUAAAUUAACAGUGAAACAUGAAUUAAGUUGAAUCAAAUUGAUUGUGAAAGUCAUUUAAACUUAAACUGACUUAGGAAUUUGUUUGUUGCCAUGACUUUUUGAUCAUAUUAUUAUCUGUAACAUGUCUGUGCCAUACCCAAAUCAAGAAUUAACGGCCGUUUCUACAGCCAUUGCAAAGAUACAGCAGAGAAAGAUCGUGAGCAUCUAUUUACCUCAGCAGAAACCAAUCUCGCAUUCUCGCAUCUACAGCGCUUAUUUUGAUCUUUAAUGUUAGAUCUUUCCUAUUGUUGGAACAAAAAAAAUGCUUAAGGUUGAUUCAGUAUUACUCUUAAUAAAUAACCCCCCCCACACACACACAACAUCAGCAAUACUACAAUGACAAUAUUAAACAAAACUUUUAUUAACAGAACGAAUAAGACGUAACAAAAUGAAUGUUACGCAAUGUAACAAAUAAAAGGUUUUUUGGAUUUUCCCCUUACUUCAAACUUACUUAAAACAGCUACAAUGACAAAUUCACUUAUAUUAAACUUUGAACUUAUAUUAACAAUAUGAAUAAGGGAAACAUGUUUUACCCGCAUUGUAACAUUGGAUUUCCCCUUUCUUUAAAACGAUCGUAGUUUGUGGUUCAUUAUUAGCCUAUUAAUUAAAACACAUAAGCCAUAAAAUGGUACAAUGGCAAAUUCGCAUGGGCCUAUAUUAAACGUCUUACUUUUAUUAACACAAUGAAUAAGGCAGAUAUAGUCUUGUGUUGUAACACAAAUAAAUAAGGACUUUCCCUCUUUUAAAACAAAUGCUACAAUUUGUGGUUUGUUGUUUUAUUUAUUUAUUUUUUAAAUGAAAACAGCAACAAUAAACACAAAGUCGCUUAUUUCAAACGAAGAAAUUAAACUUUUAUUAACAAAACUUGUGCUUUUGGAUCAUGGUGUCUCUCAUCACUCUCGUCAUGUGACCAACCCCUCCCCCAUCCCCCCAGCUUUAUUUCUCAGCAGACCCCAAACCCGCUCAAAAUACGUAGGAUUUGGUAAUACUUGGGUCAUUACUAGUGGGUUACCAUGAUCUUCACUUUAGAAUUAAUUAUACAUUAUACAUAAUUCACAUUAAUUAUGAACCUGUAUAGUAGCUUUUAGUACUUAUAUAUAUAUAUAGUUACUGAUUAGCUAGUAGUGAACUACCACUUUCAGCUGAGCGCUAUUACUUACUAAAUCGUUAGUUUCUUGUUAGUUAAUAGUAGUUACUAGAAUGUUAUUAGUGCAUUAGUUAUUUGUUCCUGUGUAGUUAUUCAUUAACGAUAGAACAGUAUUCUAAAG